AUGCGUGUCCUGGCCAUGCCACAGACCCCAUGUCCCACGUGUGGGCCACCAUCUCGUGGUCCCACCACCUCUCCACGUGUCCCACACGUGUCACCCGCCCGCCGCAGGGUCACCAGCAUCCGCCUGGGCAAACACAACCUCUACACGCGGGAGUGGGGUGAGGAGCAGAAGAUGGUGCAGAAGCUGCUGCCCCACCCCAGCUACGACCCCACCACCAAGGACAACGACAUCAUGAUGAUCAAGCUCAUGACGGCCGCCACCCUGACCGACCGCAUCCAGCCCGUCCCCGUGGCCUCCUGCCUCCCGGAGCCCGGCACCACCUGCACCACCUCGGGAUGGGGGGCUGUCACCUCCCCAGAAGUCUCUUACCCGGACGUCUUGCAGUGCGUCAACGUCACCAUCUUCUCGCCGGCCGAGUGUCGUCGCUUCUACCCCGGGUCCAUCACCCCCAACAUGUUGUGCGCCGGGAGCCUCCAGGGUGGGAGGGACUCCUGCCAG